CGUUUAAAGCCCGGCUGCACCACCGUCACGUUCAGAGGGUCAAAAUGAGCAACUUUGGGCUGAUCCUGGAGGAGAUCGGGGAGUUCGGCUUGUUCCAGAAGCGCCUGGUGGCUGCGUUAUGCGUCACCAGCAUUUUCACGGGCUUCGACGUGAUCGGCCAGGUGUUCACGGGCAUGACCUUCCCACAUCACUGCAACACCGACUGGAUCCUGAAGCAGGGGCCCAACCUGACGGAGGAGAGGCGGCGGAACCUCACCAUCCCUGUGGACGCGGAUGGGAGGUAUGAGAGUUGCCAGAUGUUCACGCCUGUGGACGUGGAUCUGGAAACUAUAGCGGCGUAUGGGAUCAACAGCACCACAGGAUGCGUGAAUGGCUCCGACUUUGGCCAACCCGAAGGCUCCUCCAGCAUUGUGACUGAGUUCACCUUGGUGUGUGAUAAGAGCAGCCUGAUCCAGGCGUCCCAGUCCGUCUACAUGGCCGGGCUUCUGGUCGGGGCCCUGGUGCUGGGGCAGAUGGCUGACCGGCUCGGUCGGCGCUUCGUCGUCCUGCUUUCGCUCCUCCUCCUGAUGCUGUUUGGUGUCGGCAUCGCCUUCUCACCCAACGUUUAUGUUUAUAUGGCCCUCAAAUUCUCAAGUGGCCUCUCUGUGUCUGGCAUCACUGCAAACGCCUUUGUGAUCGGGGGGGAGUGGAGCGAGUCGUCCAAGUUCGCCCUCUGCACCAUCCUGUGCCACUCUUUCUUCCCCCUCGGGCUGAUGCUGUUGUCUGGCGUCGCCUAUGCGAUCCGGAACUGGAGGAUCCUGCAGAUGGUGCUCUUCAGCCCUCUCCUCAUCGUCCUGGGGAUCUUUUACUGGAUUCUGCCGGAGUCGGCCCGCUGGCUUCUCACGCAGGGCAGGAAGCAGGAGGCCGUAAAGCUGAUCCGGAGGGCAGCGAGGGUGAACGGGAGGACGGUUCCGGAAGCUCUGCUGGAAAAAAUGGACGUGGAGGCUCCGUCCAAGAGAGUGAACAUGCUGGACAUCUUCAGAAUCCCCUACCUGAGGAGGCGCGCCCUCAUAAUGAGCUACCUCUGGUUUGCCACCAGUCUGAUGUACUACGGCCUGAGCCUGAACGUGGGCGACUUCGGCCUGGACCUCUACCUCACGCAGUUCAUCUUCGGCGCGGUGGAGCUCCCGGCGCGUCUGGGCUGCCUGCCCCUCAUCCAGAGCGUGGGCCGGAGAGUCAGCCAGGCCGGGAUGCUGCUGUUCGGAGGCUGUGCCUGUCUGGGCAUCCUGGCCGUGCCUAAAGACCUGCCUGUGGUGGCCACAGUCAUAGCUGUACUGGGCAAAUUUGCUGCCACUGCCAGUUUCUCCACUGUGUAUGUGUACACGGCAGAGCUCUACCCCACCAUUCUAAGGCAGAACGGCGUGGGCCUGAACUCCAUGUGUGCGCGCGUGGCGGGCAUCCUGGCGCCCAUGAUCAGGCUCCUGGACGUGUACCACGCCAUCAUCCCCAUGCUGAUCUACGGCAGCGUCCCCGUGGUCGCCGGAGGCCUGUGUCUGCUGCUGCCCGAAACCCGCAACGCGGAGCUCCAGGACCACGCUGAGCUCACAAAACCUGAGAACGGAGCUGCUGAGAAGGAAACUGUUUUUAUGGAAGACAAGGACACAAAGAGCACAAAGAUGUAGAUCUUGUACGGGUUCUACUCAUGAUGGUUUUCACAGUUUUUUAAUAGUGCAAAUAAACUUUUUCUAACUGACGUUUGCAGGUAACUGAAAGGAAAGGUUCCCUGGAAAUCACAUUUAUCCUUGUUUUUUUGUAAAAAUAAAUAUUUUAUUGUAAAUAUUGUACAUUAAAAUUUGAAUAUGUAAUAA